GCAGGCUCCAUAUCCCACCGACAUUCUCACUCGACUCUGCACAUACUAUUGCUCAGCAAAAUGGUGUUGGAGACUGCAUACUACGACGCCCUGGGCGUCCCGCCCACAGCGACGGAGCUCGAAAUCAAGAAGGCAUACCGCAAACUCGCGAUCAAGCUGCAUCCCGACAAGAACCCGGGCGACGAGACUGCACAUGCAAAGUUCCAGGAGAUCGGAGAAGCCUACCAGGUCCUCAGCGAUGACCAGCUGCGCGCGAACUACGACAAGUAUGGCAAGGAGGGCGCUGUGCCGCAGAGCGGGUUUGAGGACCCUUCCGAGUUCUUUACCAUGAUCUUUGGCGGAGAGGCCUUCGUCGACUGGAUCGGUGAGAUCUCCCUCAUGAAGGACCUCACCAAGACCAUGGAGAUCUCGAUGCGCGAAAUGGAGGAGCAGGAAGCCGCCGAGGCCGAGGCCGCACGCGCAGAAGCCGCCGCCGGUGGUUCUGCAUCGACUGCUACUGCCACGACGACUGCCACGACGGCUGGCACGCCGGCUGGCACCACACCCGCUGCCGAUGCUGCCACCGCGACCCUGGCUGCCGCGCCCAGCGCUGGCGCUCAAGCGAAGGAGGCAGAAGCCGCUGCAGAGCGCGCCGCAGCCCCGGCCGCCGAUACUCCUCCAGCGUAUGCUGUACCGCCGCCCGCAUAUGCUGAAACCGCCGCCGACGCCUCGACCGCCACUCCUGCUGCUGCCGCUGCUGCCGGCUCUUCGUCCGGCGCAAGCACACCGAAGCCCCGCGGUAUCCCAAUCCGGCCUGCGAUAAUGGACAAGACCGAGGAGGACGCCCGCAUGGAAGCAGCCAACAUGACCGAUGCAGAGAAAGAGCUUCGUAACAAGGAGAAGAACAAGAAGGGCGGGCUCACGAAAGAGCAGCGCGAGGAGCUUGCAGCAUACGAGAUGGAGCGCAAGAAGAUCCGCGACGAGCGCGUCGCCAACCUUUCCAAGAAGCUCAUCGAGCGCAUCUCGCUAUGGACCGAGACAGACAAGGCCACCGACGUCACCAAGGCCUUCAAGGACAAGAUCGCCCUCGAAAUCGAGAACCUGAAGAUGGAAUCCUUCGGCCUGGAAAUCCUCCACGCAAUCGGCACAACAUACCUCAUGAAGGCCUCGUCUUUCCUCAAAUCACAAAAGUUCCUCGGUAUCUCUGGUUUCUUCUCCCGCAUCAAGGACAAGGGUACUCUCGUCAAGGAUACUUGGAGCACUAUGAGUGCCGCCAUUGACGCCCAGCUCACCAUGGAGGAAAUGGCGAAGCUGGAAGAGCAAGGCGGUGAGGCCUGGACAGACGAGAAGAAGGCCGAGUACGAGAAGAAGGUCACGGGCAAGAUCCUUGCGGCUGCGUGGCGCGGCAGCAAGUUUGAGAUCCAGAGCGUGCUCAGAGACGUGUGCGAUCAUGUGCUCAAUGAUAAGAAAGUCAAGCUGGAGAAGCGCAUUGAGCGCGCACAUGCGCUGGUCAUCAUUGGCGAGAUGUGCCAGAAGGCCGAGCGCGACCCCGAAGAAGAGGGCGACUUCAUGGCCUUCGAGCAGCUCAUGGCCGAAGCCGCCGCGAAGAAGGAGAGCAAGCACGACAAGAAAGAGAAGCACAAGCACCACCACGACAAGAAGGAGAAGGACAAGGCGACGGCAUAGUCUGUCGAGCUCAAUGCGGUCCCCGGGGCUCUGAGAUAGCCAAGGUCGCCUUGCCGACUGCUCUUGGUUCGUGUCUUCCUUUCUAGUUGCAUACCUGGUUCGUGAUAUCCAUAGAUUCCAUUCGAGACGGCCUGAAUUGGAACAAGACCUGGCGUGGUCAAAGCAUAUUUAGCUCGCAUGAUGGAGUUCAAUGCAUAGUUUUGCUCUUUA